GCAGCGUUAGGGAGUCCAUGUGGGGGUCUGGCACACGGCUCUGCACCAACACGCGUCCGGGGAAUCCGGGCUUCUGAGUGUUCCUGUGGGGAGGGGAUGGAUGGUCUUUUGUCUCCGCGGCAGGGCCGAGGUGACUGUGUGCUAGCGCUGUGUGUGCCUACACACGCAAAAUACUGCCAUUGCUUCGGUAGGGCGGUCAGGGUGGGGACCUAGUUUGGUUGAAAGGCGCACCAAAAAAAGGAGAUUGAUCCUGUGUUUGCGGUUUGUGCAUCAGCAUCUGUUGAUGCACGUCUCGCAGCAUGGUAGCUGUAGGUUUAUUUGGGGUAGUGAGUGGGUGUGAUGGAGAGGGGAAGAUGGGGGUAAAAUUGAAGCGAGAUGUGCUUGUAUGUCCUUGGAAUGAGCAUAUCUAAUUUGAUGUCUGAUCAGCUUACCCGCUUGAACAGUAAAAUGUCACUCUGCAUAUGUUAGUAAUCUCUGCUGGCCAUCAGCCUGAUAAGAUUUUGAAUUUCAACCUUUCUCUUGUUACUGUCUUUUGUAGACUGAGUGCUUAGUGUUAGGGAGACCAUAUGGAUAAAAGACCAUGCCCCAAGAUACAAACAGCUUAAAUCUUUUGUACCAAGCAGCUAAAAGCCCUGCCAAAUGUGUGCUGUUUUCAGAGUUGGGUAUGACAUAAAUGCUUUUAAAAUCGAAUAAAAUCCCUGAUCUAGUGAUGAGAGCCAGCUUGGAGGUUCGCCAGAGACUAAAGGCCAAGUUCACAAUCAUCCCCCGUGGGAAAUUGCAUUGACUUGUCCUUGGAAACUUCUUAAAGGCAUAGAGGUUGUUGCUACUAAUAGGAUUUCUUCGAUGAUCAGAGAAACAGGUUUCAGUGUUUGAGGUCGUCUUCUGUGGCAGCGCUUAGGAGAGACCUGAAGAUCAUCUUACGCCUCAGCUUACCACAAACUGCAAACAGCAAAAUGACAGUCAGGUGAUUCAUGGCAGGGGACGUGGAAGGGUUUAGCUCCUCCAUCCAUGACACCAGUGUCUCUGCUGGAUUCAGAGCGCUGUAUGAGGAGGGAUUGCUUCUUGAUGUCACACUUGUCAUUGAAGACCACCAAUUUCAGGCCCAUAAAGCACUGCUUGCCACCCAGAGUGAUUACUUCAGGAUUAUGUUCACAGCUGAUAUGCGAGAACGAGAUCAGGACAAAAUCCAUUUGAAAGGUCUGACAGCUACAGGCUUCAGUCAUGUCCUCCAAUUCAUGUACUAUGGAACUAUUGAACUGAGUAUGAACACUGUUCAUGAAAUCCUCCAGGCUGCCAUGUAUGUCCAGCUUAUAGAGGUGGUAAAAUUUUGCUGCUCUUUUCUCUUAGCUAAAAUCUGCUUAGAAAACUGUGCAGAAAUCAUGAGACUUCUGGAUGAUUUUGGUGUAAACAUCGAAGGAGUCAGGGAAAAAUUGGACUCCUUUCUGCUAGAGAAUUUUGUGCCACUCAUGUCCAGACCUGACUUCCUUUCAUAUCUGAGCUUUGAGAAGCUCAUGUCUUACUUGGAUAAUGAUCAUCUGAGCAGGUUUCCAGAGAUAGAGCUGUAUGAAGCUGUUCAGGCCUGGCUGCGCCAUGAUAGAAGACGCUGGAGGCAUACGGACACCAUCAUUCAGAACAUCAGGUUUUGUUUGAUGACACCAUCCAGUGUUUUUGAGAAGGUAAAAACAUCAGAGUUUUAUCGAUACUCCCGGCAGCUGCGACAUGAGGUUGAUCAAGCCAUGAAUUACUUUCAUAGCGUUCACCAACAGCCUUUGAUGGAAAUGAAAUCGAACAAAAUCCGUUCUGCCAAACCCCAGACUGCAGUAUUUAGAGGAAUGAUAGGACACAGUAUGGUAAACAGUAAAAUUCUUCUCUUGCAUAAACCAAGGGUCUGGUGGGAACUAGAGGGUCCUCAAGUACCUUUACGACCAGACUGCCUUGCCAUUGUGAAUAACUUUGUGUUCCUAUUAGGUGGGGAAGAACUGGGGCCAGAUGGUGAGUUUCAUGCUUCAUCCAAAGUGUUUAGAUAUGACCCAAGACAGAACACUUGGUUACGAAUGGCAGACAUGUCUGUUCCACGUUCUGAGUUUGCUGUUGGAGUUAUUGGGAGGUAUGUUUAUGCAGUGGCUGGGAGAACCAGGGAUGAAACAUUUUACUCAACUGAACGGUAUGAUAUUACUGAAGAUAAAUGGGAAUUUGUGGAUCCCUAUCCAGUCAAUAAAUACGGACAUGAGGGGACCGUGCUUGGUAACAAGUUGUAUAUCACUGGUGGAAUUACAUCAUCUUCAACUUCUAAGCAAGUGUGUGUGUUUGACCCCAGUAAAGAAGGGACAGUAGAGCAGCGAACAAGGAGAACUCAAGUGGUCACUACCUGUUGGGAGAACAAAUGCAAAAUGAAUUAUGCAAGAUGCUUUCACAAAAUGAUUUCUUACAAUGGUAAGCUCUAUGUCUUUGGUGGUGUCUGUGUGAUCCUAAGGGCCUCCUUUGAAUCUCAAGGAUGUCCUUCUACAGAGGUUUAUGACCCAGAUACUGAUCAAUGGACUAUAUUGGCUUCUAUGCCAAUUGGUAGGAGUGGUCAUGGUGUAGCUGUUCUGGACAAACAGAUAAUGGUUCUUGGAGGCCUUUGUUACAAUGGUCAUUACAGUGAUUCGAUUCUCACGUUUGAUCCAGAGGAAAACAAAUGGAAAGAAGAUGAAUAUCCGAGGAUGCCGUGCAAGCUGGACGGCUUACAAGUCUGCAGCUUGCACUUUCCUGAAUAUGUUUUGGAGCAUGUUAGAUGUUGCAGCUAAAACAGAAUGAACAACUUGAUGAAGUACAAAAAGCUAUACCUAAUGUGUCAAAAAAUACAAACCAGUUGAAUUUCUUCAGAGACAUUACCUUGUGUAUAAAAAAACCUGCUGAAUGCUUAAGAGAAACAGGAUGUACAGGGAGAGUACUUACCAAGUUUAUUAGAAAAGCCAAUACUGGUCUGAUAUUGUAAAAGCGUUGUUGUUUUUUGGUUGGUUUUUUUUUUUAACAAACAUAAUUGUAAGUAGGAGAAAGAAAAAUAUAUUUUUUAGUGUGGUUAUUUUUUUGGUAACAUGUCCAUAAUACUUUCUUCUCUUUUUUUUUUUUUUUUUUUUUUUAAUGGCUAUUAUACCACUAUGCUUCUGAAAUCACUUGAGUUUAACAAAAUAUUAGUGGAAAGGAGGAGGACUUUAUUUUUGGGGUUUUUUUGUUGAGCAUCAAAAUAAAGCCCAUCAUCUGUACGUGGGUACAACCAGGUUUAAAGGAACAAAACUAAACCAUUUGUGUAUUUUAUGUUGUCUUUUGGAUGCUUUUUCCAUUAAUUGCAAAGUAUUCUCAAAUCUGCUGGGUGUUUUUGUUUUCCCUUAUGUAUGUUGAAGAAUAAUCUUAACCCCUUUGCAUGACCUUUUUCCUGGUUUUGUAUAGUAGUACCAAUAAGUCUGCCAAAAUGCAAAUUACACGUUUUCUACUAAAUCGAAAACAAAACAUUUUUAUAUUCAAAACACUAUUUCUAUGCUGCCUUCUAUUUGUCUGCAUUGUGUUUGUUGGUGAGUAAAAAAUAUAUACACACAUGCAUACACUGUAAAAACUAUAUAUAAAUACAUCUUUUUGUGUGCAGUUACAAUAUUAUAUUUUAACUAGUGCACAGAUUCAGCCAUAUCUGUUGAAUUCAAGGUAUAGUACUAUCCUUUAAUGAGCUAAAUAAUUCAAAGUUCUUAAGUAACUGGAGGCCUCAUUUGGUAUCGAAGUAUCUUAUCUUUAGUAUGUACUGAUUGAUUCAGUAACUUUAAACUCUUUAUAUCGAUGCUACAUAAUGAACUGUUGAUAAUUUGUUAUUUUAUAAAUUAUUUUUUUAAAAGUAAACACAUCUUCCCUGAGUUUCUUUUGUGUUUCAAUGUGUGCUGCCCAGUCGUCUUUUUUAUGAAAAUGGAAAACGUCAAUAAGCAAAAGCUCAGUGCUGCUUUGAGCCACAGUUAUUUUUGGAACUGGAUAAACUAUAGUUUAUUCUCAAUACUUUGCUGGUACUCAUACUUCAAUAUGAGUAUUUUGUUUGUACUCACAUUGAAGUGUUACAAUCUUUUUUUAUUAUUAUUUUAAUUAUCAACUUCUAUGAACUACUGUGUUUUGAAAAUGUGGAGUUAGGUGAUUGGAUGGUUAGUACCAUUUAUGUUUCUUUUACAAAAAAAACCUAGACAACUAUAGCUACUGACCUCGGAGUGCCUGAAUUGAGGUGUGUGGUCCAAGAGGGCUUUGAAUAACUCCAUCGUGUUAUCUUGCAGGUAUUACUGACAGUGGAUUGGUAAGAAUUAUCUGCCAAGACAUAAAUAAUAACAGUAAUUACAUUCUGAUUUUAUUUAAUAGUGCUUUUAUUUAAUAGUGAUUUUAUUUAAUUAGCCACUUCUAGAAUAUAAAGGAGAGAUUUGGUGAAGUUGAGGGCUCACACUUCGUUCAGAUGUUUAGGGGCAAAAUGCUGAAACAUUCAGCUGCAUACUUGGUAAAAUCUGUUGUGUUUCACUUUAAGCAAUAGACUUUACUUUAUAUGCAGCAACGCAAAACUGCUUUACUCAGCAUCUUCCAGUCAGAAAUCACUGUAGAAAAGGAAUGUACAGUACUCAGGGAGUUCAAAAGAAUGCACUUACAAAGGGACCAAAAUCACCCUAAAUUUCCUAUGUUACAAGUAAGACCUGCUUGCCUAAACUAAGUUUGAAAUAAUUGAUAGAAGUUAAAACAACAUGUAAAACUCCUCAUGCCUGUUUUUUGAUAUUUUUGUAGUAAUUGUGUUCUGGUUGAGAUAUGAGGAUUUGGAGCUAUGUGGCAAGUUGGCAGAUUAUUUUUUUUUUAAUUAGAAAUGAUUUAUUGAUAGAGUAUUUUCUUUCCAUAUGUUUUAACAGAAAGAGAGAAUGUAUGCCACAAUAGCUGUAAGUGAUAAGCUACUUAUACCAGUAGUGACUGGACCAAAUAUUGAUUCAGUCUUCUGAUGCAGACUAGUUUGCAGUUAAAUUUAACUAUUUUUUAAUCAAAAUUCAGUUUACUGAAUUAGAAAUCUAAUUAACUUAAUAGUUUAACUUAAAGCCUGUGUACCUUACACUAAAACCUCAGUUUCACUGUGAGAUUUGUGUGUACAUUACCCUGCAUGGGCGCAGAGAUAAUCUGACUCCAGUAGGUGUGGCUGUGUGCAAGUAAAAAGGUUCUACUGUACAUAGUUUAUAGAAUAUUGGGGCACAGUAAAAAAACAAGGUUUUUUUCAUUGUUUUAAUGUUUGUGUCAGCAGUUCACUUCUUAAUAAGUUUGAGGCAGCAAAAACUAAUCCUGCUUGAGUAGGCUUUCAUGGGCAUGUUAUGCGUAGCACAGAGUACUUCACUUUUAUCUAGGGCCAGUCUGUGGAAUUGAUGUGGUUCUGGAUAUCUGGUCUUCCGUGAUUCAGGUGUAGUAAAGGGACAUGGCCAAGACUUUAUUAAAAAGAAUGGUAAGGAUGGGGGUUUCCUCAAGUUACGUUUUUGAGUUUGCGUUUAAGCACCUUCUGAAGUUCUGUGCGCUAAGCAACUGCCACUAAAGUCCAUGGUGAGUAUAGACACUUGAAACAUGAAGAACCAGAUAAUUUUUAGGUGCUCUGUUUUUAAGUUCAUAUUUAUCUUCAGAUGCCCAGUUCUGAAAGAUCUCUUUCAGGAUUGUAGUAGUAAUUAUUCUGUGAAAUUUUAACUUGAACUGUUGGUUUCAGCUUCCCUGAAGUUGUGUCUCCACUGAGAAGCUGGCUGCAGCCUUUCAAGCAUUAGGAAUGAUUGGAAUUUGCUUGGGUUUAGAACAUGUGGGAGUAUGUGAGAAUGUUUUGUUAAUUUACAUUUCUACCAUGCUUUUAUCGUUUGAAACACGAAAUUAUCUUUUCCAUUGCAGUGGAACUUUUGAGGCAGUUAUUUCUGUUACUUUAUGUGUCAGAGGGAUGUUUUUUUUAAUUAAAUAUUUCUGUUUGUGUUGGCUUUUAGUAUUUAGUUUCAGAUAGUUUAGUGUUUAAGUAAAAACUAAACUGGCUAAUAAGAAUUUUACUAUGAAUUUUUCAGCAUUAUGAUCAGAUUAAUAUGAGUUUUAAAAACAUUUAAAUGCCUCUCACUUGUCAAGGAAAAGGUAAGUUAUGAUCUUUGAUUAGUAAGUUUGAGGAGGUUUCUUCUAUUCCACCCCAGCCAUAAUGGAAUACCAGCAAAUCUGAUCUCACCCACAUAUUUAAACUUCAACACAUUACCUGCUUUUAAACAGCAAGUAUACUUGCCUUUUCUUAAAAAGGUGGACAUAGUGAGUUACAGUCUAAGUUGGGUUUUUUUUCCACAUUUAUAGCAAAAAUGGAUCAGCUUCAUGUCUUAAUUUAACAGCUAGCUCCGUGGGGGAAAUUUUGUUUUCAAAUGAGCCAAAAUGGACAAAAAGCAUGGUGUUCUGGAGACGUAAAGGGGCUGGACACUGACAGUUCCCAUCCCACAUGCUAUUAUAAUCUGUUCUUAGGAGACGGGUAAUUCUUUUCCUUUUCAUAGUAGUGUGUAAGGAAAAAAUAGCUCAUUUUUCCUCACAAAGUUUUGGUAGAAGUUUUGUAGUGGAAGGUAUUAGGUGGAAAAAAAAAACUUUUGAAUUUUUUCCCCCAUCGAUUCAGCUGGAGGAAGGCAGUACUUGAUUUUACAAAGGCUCUGCUACUUCAGAAAGCACUGCUAGCAAGAGGGGCUAGUGGCAGCAUACAAGCUACCUGGCAACCUGCUUUUAUGUUACUUUAUUUUGAAAAGUGUUGAUGCUCUACUUUCUGCCGUAUUAUAGCGGUCCCGUUUUAACUGUCUCUAACAGUGUGUGACUUUAAUAUUUCUCUGGUUUCUGAGACUUGCAGCCGUUUUUUCUUGAGGACCUCUUGCCUUACAAACCCAAGUGCUGCAUUUUUUCAUGCUGAUAAUAUGAUAACUAUUUGCAUCAGGGACAAAGCUUCACUUGACACUCAGGAAGCAAAGGAUAAAAUUCAGCAGGUACAGAUUCAAAUUGGUUUAAAAAGAAAAACAUUGCUUAACUCAUUAUGUCCAUUCUUUUGCAAAAGGAGGGUAAGCAUUAUGGGGAGAUGCUAAAGGCUCUUUAAAAAUAAACUUCAACCUUGUGUCAGCAUUUAUAUGACAAAGUCUUUUUAGAAAUAGUGGCAUUUGUAGAAGUAUUUUGCCUUUUUAAUAUAUUUUUCCUUACAAAAAAAACCAGUGAAUUUGGCCCCUGUUUCUUCUAACACAUCAAAUGUGUACUUCACAUAUGUGAACAGGCCAAUAUAAAGAAAACAGAAAACUGUUAAGGUACUUAAAAGAAAACAUAAAGGCGCAAAUGUUAUUAAACCUGUGCUUAAGUGUUCAUAGGGUUGGGGGCAUCAGAGAAAACAUCCGUCUUGCUCUCCUCCCAUUAAUAAAAAUAUAACCAGUGAAGUUAUUUGAAUAAGUGUGGUCCAUCACAGGUGGCAGGGCUCAGUGAGGAGAGUGGUAAAGAAUAUAACUGGGAAGCACGUGUACUCUAUUUAAAACAAAGCUUGCCGGUGUCCUGUAGCUAACAUUUUGAGAUUCUAAUGCUUGUAAAACAAUCUGAAGCUGCUUAAAAUAAAUACUAAUGACUACUUUUGCAUCUGUAUUAUAUUUUUGAAUGGUGAGUAACUUUAAAAUUUCCAUUUGUGUGGGUAAACUUCAUAAAACUAGUUGUAUGUGGCAGAAAAAACUUUUUGAGCACAGCUUUCCUGGAUUUCCCUCUACUAAUUUUUUUCUUUUUCACUUCCCAAAUUUCAAUUAAUGUUUAUAAUGUCUUCUAGAAAUAACUUUCAAAAGUCAAUUUCAAAUACCUUUGGAUUAAUAUUAAGUUGGUAGCUAGGGGAAAACCACCUCUAUUUGCAGACAGUAGUUUUUAUUUAUGGCUCUGGUAGAAAACCUUGGCGUAAGUCUAGAAAAUACAGUGUUAUAUGUAGGACUGUAAAAUUAGCUAUAGUUAAGGGGCUUUUAUUACCUCAGUGGGACCCACCUAACUUUUAUGUCAGUUCUGGGAACAGGCGAAGGGUAGAGUGAGCUAUGGUUUUAUUUUAAAUAUUUUCCCUAUAUAUCGUUAUUUUUGUAGAUCUUUUUAAAAUAAAUUAUUAUAUGCUGGAGAUUACAUUUCCACUAUAGUAUCCCACUUGAUUCCAGUGUACAAUAUCAGAUUGUUUGUAUUGCAAAGAAUGUAUUUGAUAACAGGAAAGGUCAUUUUCAAAUUCUGCUGUGUUUGUGCUAGCAAUUGGAAAUACUUUUCCUGUAAAAAAUUAAAAUGAUAUAUAUAUGACCUCAUAUGUACCUUUGGAUUAACUGUCUAAUGACUGCCCCAGGGCUGCUAUAAACUUCUCUGAGUAAUUUAAGAAUUGCCUCUUUUUAACUGUUUUAAAGCCUUUUUUGUUGUCUUUUUUUGGCAGAAGGUAAUUUUCCCUAGCUAUGGAUACAGUAUGCUCAGACUUGCAUAUGUGCUCUGUUCAGUUUUUAAAUGGAAAAAAUGUAUAAAAUGUGUAUAAAGAAAAGUGUAAAUAAAAUAUUUUUAAUCUUUAAACA